AAAUCAUCGGGGAAUCCACAAAACUACCUGAUAAAACGACCUCCAUAUUCCUCGUUUGAAAAUACGGAAAGGAGCUCGCAACGAUGGCUACAUUUUACCAAUAUGUGGUGUCUACGAAGAUUUCCACUUGGCUUACGAGCGAUGGUGGGAGGAUGGAAAGUGUUGAGCAACGGAUGGAGGUCGCUGCCGUGGAAAUGGGAAGGGGAAUCCAUAUAGAACAGGAGCAGUACCGGCCGCGUAUCCAGGCACCGCCCGAGCCCAGCCGAGAACAGACGUUCCUUGAUGGGUGCUGUAACAACAGUCUUUUCCAUCCCUUUAUUGACAUUGAUGCAUCGUUCACUCACGGAGCACACUUGAUCACCGGAUAUGGAAUUCUACUGACGCUCUUCCGCUGGGUAAUUGGUUUGUGGACGGUCAUCACCCUCCCAGCCAUAUGUUGCAUCAGCGGGAUCUACUGUAUCGUAAAGGCGGUAAAGGAGACGGUGUUCUGGAUCGUGGUCCUCCUUAUCCACCACAAACCCGUGGAGCUGUCAGACAAGGGCUUCCACAGAUACCACGUGUACCUGCUGACAGACUUCCUCGCAACCGUUGCCCUUAUUGCCACUGGUAUCGGCCUUGAGGCGGGUAUCGGACUGAACGGCUGUGCGUACCGCAAUGAGUCACUGGUGUGGCGGCUGGCCGUGUUCUGUAUGUCCAUGGACGCCUUCAUACCACACAUCGCCAUUGUUCUCAGCGUACUGGCUCUGAUGUGUCUCUGCUUUACAGUUGCAUCCUGUAGUGAUGAUGACUAACUUCUGGCUUUGUGUUUGAAUAGUUAUGUUCGUAGAACAGAACAGAACAGAACAGCAUAGAAAAAAACAGAACAUAUGUUUAUUAUGGUUUAUACGUAUAUACAGUUCAUAGAUAUACAUGAAAUAUAUUAGUCAUGAUUAAAAUAGUAAGAUAAUUCUAUAGAUAUAGUUGUUAAAUGAAUAUUUAUAAAAUACUUAUAAAAUAAAGUAUAUAAAUCUGAUCAGCCAUACAUGUAUAUAAAAGUCAUUUUUUUACAAUGAUUUUAUCAAAGAUCAUGUUGGCCUACAUGAAGGGCCGAUUGUUCAGGACUUUGCUGAAGUUAACAACGUUGGUAACGUCAUCGUUGUUAACUUUAAAAAUUGCAAUAGCUUAUGGCGUGCUUAUAUAUUUGCAUAGAAUAAGAACAGCUAAAAAGUUUUCGCAUAUCUUGUUCGAAAUAACUGUAGAUCUCAAGUGUAUUCAUUGAACUUCCAGAGCCAUAAAUAUUUGAAAGUUAGCAACGAUUACGUUCACAGCGAUGUUAAAGUUCUAAACACUCGGCCCAUUAUAUGUAUAAUGUGAUAAAUUUCUUUGAAUAAACUUUCUUCUUGAUUUA